AUGGUCAAGCACCAGCGGAGAUCCCACCAGCAAGGAAUGAACCCCAACGACAUCGACGAUUGCUCCUCGGAUUCUGACGAUGACGAGUCUCCCUCCACUCCUCAGCACUCCUCGAUGACUUGGUCACCUCAUGAGAUGGUUUCCAUGAACCAGGGUGCCCCUGGCGGGCCCUUACAUCGUGCCUCCUCUUACGCUGAUUUUGAAUCACAAGUCCAUGGCCACCACAUGCCACAGCAUUACGGCAACCGGCAAGGAAUUCCUGCCAAUGUUCCUCAUGAGUACCACGGCACUCCAGUUCCCGAACAACACGCACACGUUCAGCUCGUCCAUCGAGCAGCAACCAUGCCGAGACAGGCUUACUAUGUCACUGAAGCUGGGAAUCCAGGUGUUGCUACCAUGACAAGCACUGUACCGCCUCAUUACCAGCUAUCGCAGCAAGUGGAACGACCUCCUAUGGAGCUUCCAUAUUCAGCACCCGGAAUUGCGACGUCGAUUCAAAGCAGUCCAAGCACCUUUUCUGCUACAUCGGUCCCCAGCCCUAUGAUUCCCGAGGGCUUUUAUGCGCACCAGCCUGGAAGCCAGCCAGCAUACACAACAGCCGAAUCUCAGCCAGCAAUGAUUCAAUACCAGCAACCCAUUCAACACCAUAUGGCUCAGCCACAACAGCCAGUGGUAUCCCAAGCGCAGCAUAUUCCCCCAACCGCCGGACACUACGCUCCACCGUCAGCCCACCCACAGCAAGAGCAGUGGCCACACUAUGACCCGCCGAUCGAAGUUACAACAAUCGGACAGUUGCCUGCAUAUGGAACUGCAGUUUAUGAUAUUUACGGGCCAAAGAUUGAGUUUGAGGAUCCUUCAUUGCAACUACCCAGCAGCAGACUGGCGAGUAUGUGA